ACGCCCAGCAGCCAGCACCUUUGGGAGCUCCCCUUCCCUUCCCUUGAGCAAAGGACCUCACCUGCAACCUCUCGCUCGCCGGCGCUCCUCCUCCACUUCUCCGUCGCUGCUGCUGCUGGAGCUCGGACUCAGAGCUCCCUGGGAGGAAGACAAGGAGAGGCGCUCUGAGCAGUGACCAUGGGGUACGAGAGGAUACACAAAGUCCAGAUGGGGGUCAUAUCUCCAACCAAGCUCAGGAUGAAGCUGCUGGGCUCCCAUGGCGGCGGCGGCGACAAGGACGAGGCCACUCGCAAGUCGCCGCGGGCGUCGCCGUCGAGGCUUGACGACGUCGACCACCCCAAGAACAGCCUCCUGGCUCAAGAGCUCGACGAAGAGUACCCCAAGGACCGGUCGGAUUCGUCCCGGUCGCGCUCCGACACCAGCCACGGCAGGGCUGCGCGCGGCGGCGGCGGGAGUAGCAGCGGCUGCGACAGCGGGGCCGAGAGCGGCGGCGCCGGCGGCAACUUCGAGUUCUACAAGGAGGAGAGGACGGCCCUGCAGCCGCCGCCCGCGGCGGUGGUGGCCGUCUCCGGGCCGUUCUUCCGGCAGGUGCCGUCCAAGUGGAACGACGCGGAGAAGUGGAUCGCGGGGCGGCACGUCGUGCACUCCAACCCCAUCUUCUCCAAGAAACCCGCCGCCGCGUCGCCGCACACUCCCACCGCCGGCGGCCGCGUCGCGCCCGAGUCCGCGGCGUCGAAGGGCGGCGCCGGCGCUUGCUGCGACAGCCAGAGCUCCCGCGCCGGCGGCGUUGCCGCCGUCAGCGCUCUGACCGAGCUGUCGUCCAAGUCCUCGUCGCCGCCGUCGGUGAGCGGGCCGGCGAGCAAGCCGCCUCACAAGAAGCUCCGUUUCUCAUCGGCGCCCGCGCCGUCGGUGUCCGUGUCGAUGCGGGACGUCGGGACGGAGAUGACACCGAUCGCGAGCCAGGAGCAGUCGCGGAGCGGCACCCCCGCCGGCGCGGCCACGCCGUCGCUCAGCUCGCUCUGCUCGGUGCCGUCCAGCCCGAGGGGCGGCAGCGCGUCGGCCUCCUCCUCCGCGUCGGAGCGGGAGCUCCGGCUCAGGACGCGGCGGGAGAUCGCCGCUCUCGGGCUGCAGCUCGGCAAGAUGAGCAUCGCGUCCUGGGCCAGCAAGGAGGAGGGCCUCCUCGCCGCCCAUGCCGCCGCGUCGCCGGAGCAUAGCGCCGGAGCCAUCGAUGAGGAGAUCAAGAGGAAGGAGUUCGAAGCGCGCGCCAAGGUCUGGGAAGAAUCCAUGAAGUGCAAACUGGCCUCAAGAUACCAGAGGAAGGAGGUGAAGAUACAGGAGUGGGAGAGCUGCCAGAAAUCCAAAUUUGAAGCCAAAUUGAGGCAGGCUGAGGCGCGGGCUGAGCGGAUGAAAGCCCGGGCGAAGCAGGACCUGGCCAAGAGUCUGUCCUCCCUGAGCCAAAAGGUGGAGGGCAAGCAGGCGAGGGUGGAGGCUCGCCGGAGCCGGCAGGCGACACGGCUGGCGCGGGAGGUGGAGCGCAUCCGCAAGACCGGCCGUGAGCCAUGCCGGCUCCGGCGGUGCUGCACCUGGUUCAUGCUGUGAUCGGCGCGGGGCUUGCUCUCGUUGCUGCACCUCACUGAAGCCUGGAGGUCUGAAAUGCAUGCUUCGGGACAGGAAAAACAUCAUGGCAUCAGCUAUGUACAUGAAACCAUCGCGCCCCAAAUCUAUCUCAGCCUGUGCUUCUGCACAAUGAGCUAUCAGUUGUGGUGGUGUCGAUGCCAUUGCCAAACUGGCUUGUGGGUUGUGACAUGCUCUCACUGAACUUGGGGCUGCAGCCUGCAGCUAGCUGAUCUAUCUAGAACUGAUGUGUUCAGGUUUCUUCGGGAAAAGAAAAAAAGAACUGAUGUGUUAACAUAGGAUCUUGUUUUUAACCGCUCAGCAUUACAGAAGCAAGAGAAACCACUGGGCCCAGUUUGUUGCCAACAAGGAUGUUGGCAUGCAUGAGCCUAAUAUACGGCCGGAUCCUAUUUAAGUAAUCAUGCGUAGAUGUAGAAUACUGAUUUGGUGUAACCCUCCGCAAGUCAUGCAAACAGACAUGAAACUUGGCAAAUUAAAACUGGCCGAUGCCAACAGCC